GAGAGGGGAGAGGGGGCAUGAAUGCCUGCCUUUCAUGUGCACGCAUUUACGUAAGCAGAAGCCGUAUUGUGUAUUUAGUCUGAUCGGCGUCUUUCUCUGUACUCGGCCAGUGGCAUUCAAAUCUGGGCAGGCGGACGAAGCUCAGAGUUGCUCAAGUUGUGCUUGCCUUAUGUAUGAACGGUGACAGUUGUUCUCAAUAUUCACAUAAUCAAAUAUGUUGACCAAGUGUCCAAAGUUUCUUGCAGACAAUCACUGAAGUGAAAGUCUGGCAUUAAUUUUUUGUCAAAUAGAAUGGCAUUAAUAGAAGAGAUAAGUCCAAAAGGAUCUGUACUGUGGUUUCGUAGAGGGUUGAGAUUGCAUGACAACCCUGCUUUAUUGAAAGCUUUGUCGGUCAAACAAGAAUUUUACCCCAUUUUCAUAUUUGAUGGAUUAUCAGCUGGGGUUACCAAAGAUACUAGCUACAACAGAGUUCGGUUUCUUCUGGAGUGCUUACAGGACUUAGAUGAACAGUUACAACAACGUAUGGGCAAAUUAUACUUCAUUCGUGGUGAUCCUAAAAAUGUUUUUGAAGCAAUUCACAAAAUUAAACCUUUGGAAUCAGUAUCUUUCGAAUUGGAUCCAGAGCCUAUUUGGGCAUCAAGAGACAACAAAGUUAAAACGUGCUUGGAAAACUGUGGAAUUAAAUGGACUGAAGAAAUUUCCCAUACACUUUGGGAUCCUCAUGAAAUCAUUGAAACAAAUGGAGGGAUACCACCCUUAACUUAUGAAAUGUUUUUGCACACUGUUUCAAUUAUUGGGGCUCCUCCGAGACCAGUAGAUGAUCCUGAUUGGACUGGGGUUCAAUUUGGCAAGUUACCUCAACAUUUAGGAGAUGAUAUAGAGGUGUUUCAAUCAAUUCCUUCACCAGAGAAGCUAGGAUAUUUCCCUCCCAAAGUAUUUUCUGAGAAAAUUAUUGAGUGGACAGGGGGAGAGCAGAAAGCACUCCUUAAGAUGAAUGAACGUCUCAAAGUUGAAGAGAAUGCUUUCUUAAAUGGAUUUUAUCUCCCUAAUCAAGCCAAACCAGAUAUUCUUGGUCCUCCUACUAGUCAGAGUGCAGCCCUAUGCUUUGGAUGCCUCUCAGUUCGGAAAUUUUACUGGGCCAUACAUGACAUGUAUAGCCGAAUUUACUCUGGUCACUCACAGUCUAACCAGCAUAUAACAGGACAAUUGAUAUGGCGUGAGUUUUUCUAUACAAUGUGUGUGCAAAACCAAUAUUAUGGAGAAAUGGAGCGAAACCCUAUUUGUUUAAACAUAUCAUGGAAGGAAGAUGUCCAGGAUGAAAUCCAAAAGUGGGAAAAUGGACAAACUGGAUAUCCUUUUAUAGAUGCAGUCAUGAGGCAAAUGCACCAGGAAGGAUGGGUUCACCAUGUUGCUCGUAAUGCAGUUGCAUGUUUCCUGACACGAGGUGAUUUGUGGAUGAAUUGGGAGAUUGGACUACGAUUGUUCCUUCGCUUGCUUCUUGAUGCUGACUGGUGUCUUUGCGCGGGAAAUUGGAUGUGGGUUUCCUCCUCUGCUUUUGAGCAGCUGCUGGAUUGCAGUUCUUGUGUGUGCCCUGUUAGCUAUGGACGAAGGCUUGACCCCCAAGGGGAGUACAUCAGGAGAUACAUUCCUGAACUUCGAAAUUUUCCUCAAGAAUAUUUGUAUGAACCAUGGAAGGCUCCUUUGGAUGUACAAGAAAGAGCAGGGUGCUUUAUUGGUAGAGAAUAUCCAGAUCGCAUGGUAGAUCAUGCAGAUGCUUCCCAGAAAAACCGAAGAAUGAUGAGGGACCUCAGGCUCAGCCUUGUGGAUGAUACCCCACACUGUUGUCCAUCUAAUGUUGAAGAAGUUCGUCAGUUUAUGUGGCUUCCAGAGUCAUGCACUGAUCAUUUGUGUGAGACUGAAAAGGUGUAGAGGUUUUUUUAUUUCUUUUUCAGUCUCUCUCCUCAAACUUCUGUUGUUUACAUGAUCGCUUUUUCUAGUUUUUAUAAAAUAAAUUAUUCUGACACUCUUAAAAAAGACAUUUAAAU